AUGACUUGCCUGUUCCUGUGGCUGCCAAGGCGGCCACAGACAAGAAAAGCACAAGGGCUCAGCUCCCAGUGGCUGUCUGACCUGAGCACGGCCCUCCGUGAUGUCACGAGAGAUGACCGGACUAACGCAGCUGCGCGUCCGCUCGCGGAUCCCCUCGUGCCCGGCCUCGGCGGCGCCCCUGGCAAACACGUCCAGCCUCCCGCCCGCCGCCAGCGGCCCUGGACCCGGGCCUGCCGUCCGCUCCGGGGCUGCAGCGGCGGCCAGAGGGAGGCGCCCGGCCCGCGCGGGUCCCGGGCCAGGUCCGGAGCCCGUCUCACCUCCGCCUCAUGCCGCGCUGCGCUAGCGUCCCGACCGCAGCCCGCAGUCCAGACCCUCGGCCGCGGCGUCCGGCGGCCUAGCCCCGCGGCGACCCGCCUCGGGCCCCUCAACCCGCAGCCGCCCCCUCGGCAGUCGGCGUCCCGCGCGAGCAGCACCACGGCUGCUGCUGUGGUAGCGGCGCUGCCGCCGGGUGGGGCGGACACAUGGGAGGGCGGGGCUGCGGCCCCUGGGGCGCGACCACCGGACCCCGGCCUCGGGGCGCUGACUUCAGCGCGCCUCCGGAACCCGCUCUGCCGCCCGUCCCCAGGGACGCCGUCGCGACCCGCUGGCUCAGACUUUGCCAGAAGCUCAUGGUUCUAUGCAGAAGGUAAAGGAGAGGGCUGCCUCCACACCCGUCCUUCUCUCCGCUCCCCCCGCAGGUCCAGUGGUAUAUUCCUCAAAGCCCGCCCCGAGGGACUAGAGAGGAGCUGA